UACUCUACGGGGAUUUGCCAAAAAAUAAAGAAAAUGUAAUAUAUUUAUCAAAUCAUCAGUGUACAGUUGAUUGGAUUAUUGCGGACAUGCUGGCAGUUAGGCAGGAUGCUCUGGGGCACGUCCGGUAUGUCUUGAAAGAUGGGUUAAAGUGGCUUCCACUGUACGGGUGGUAUUUUUCACAGCAUGGAGGAGUCUAUGUAAAAAGAAGUGCCAAAUUCAACGAAAAAGAAAUGAGACAGAAGUUGCGGGCCCAGAUAAAAGCUGAGACGCCGAUGUAUUUAGUGAUUUUUCCAGAGGGUACUCGUUACAAUCCAGAAAUACCAAAAGUCAUUGCAGAUAGUCAAUCAUUUGCUGAAAAGGAAGGACUUGCUAUAUUAAAGCAUGUGCUAACGCCACGCGUGAAGGCAACUCACGUAGCCAUUGACACAAUGAAAGACUAUCUGGAUGCAGUCUAUGACGUGACUGUAGCUUAUGAAGGUACUGUGGACCACAAAGGGCAAAGAAGACUGGCACCAUCUAUGACAGAGUUUCUUUGCAAGGAAUGCCCCAGAGUUCAUAUUUUCAUUGAUCGAAUCGAACUGAAGGACAUUCCAGAAGAGCAGAUGUAUAUGAGAAGGUGGCUUCACGAACGUUUUGAAAUAAAGGAUAAGUUACUAAUAGAGUUUUAUGAUGCAAAGGAUUCUAAAAGAAGAAAUAAGUUCCCUGGAAAAAGUGUUCAUUCCAAACUAAGCCUCAAGAAAACUUUGCCAUCUUUGCUGUUUUUAGGUGGCCUGACUGCUAGUAUGCUUCUGACAGAAUCUGGAAGGAAACUUUAUGUCAAAACGUGGAUAUAUGGGACUUUAAUUGGCUGCCUGUGGGUUAGCAUUAAACCCUAAGUAAGCAGAUGUUAGUCUCCAAUCAGUGAAGUGUGCAGUCUUUUCUUGCACAUUGUACCAAACUUUUUCCUGACUUUCUAGUAAAACAGCAUAAAUAAAGCCUUAUUGAU